UUGAUUUGUAGAAUACAGGAUUUUAAAGUGAAUUUGCAACACAUUGAAUCUCGGCCUUUGCCAAAGAAGGGGUUGACAGAAUUUUUAGUGAGGUAUGAGAAACACCCGAAUAGACAACGAUUUGAAGAGCUGAUAAAAUUGUUAGAGGCGAAAACUGAAAAUCUAUUAGUUGUAGGGUGCGAUAAACCUCAAGGAACUUUAACAGACUCACUUUGGUUCCCAAAGCAUAUAUCCAAACUGGAUAAUUUUGCACACAAGGUCUUAAGUUAUGGUUCUGAUUUAGAUGCUGAUCAUCCUGGCUUUAAAGAUGAGGAGUACAGGAAACGCAGAAAGCAUUUUGCUGUCAUUGCAAUGAAUUAUAAACAUGGAGAAGCAAUACCGAGAGUGUCUUACGAAAAGAGUGAAUUGGAGACAUGGCGAACCGUAUAUACCAAACUUCGAAAGCACUACCCAGAGUUCGCUUGCGCAGAAUACAAUACCGCAUUCAAGCUUUGCGAGCGUCACUGCGGAUAUGGACCGGACAAUAUCCCGCAACUGCAAGAUAUCUCAGAUUUUUUAAGAGGUCAAACCGGCUUCACUUUACGUCCUGUCGCUGGACUUCUGAGUCCCAGAGAUUUCCUUGCGGGUCUUGCUUUUCGUGUAUUCCACUGCACACAGUAUAUUAGACAUCACUCAGUGCCAAAUUAUACGCCAGAACCCGACGCCUGUCAUGAACUCCUUGGUCAUGUUCCACUGUUUGCUGAUCCAGAUUUUGCUCAGUUUUCGCAGGAGUUUGGGCUCAUCUCAUUGGGUGCUUCCGAUGAUAUAAUUGCGCAGCUAGGAACACUUUACUGGUUUACUAUUGAAUUCGGAUUAUGCUUGGAGGAAGGGCAAAAGAAAGUUUACGGCGCUGGUUUGCUGAGUUCCUUUGGAGAACUUCAGAAUGCAAUGUCUGAAAAAGCGAAAAAUUUUGACCCAGAUGUUGCAGCAGUAACAUCGUAUCCGAUCACGAAAUAUCAGCCGAAAUAUUUUCUAGUGGAAUCUUUUGACGAUGCUCGGAUUAAGCUUAUGAAAUGGGCUCAAAAAUCAAAUUUGCGAUCAUAUCAACUCUAUUACAACCCAUAUACACAAAAAAUUGAAACUUUGGAAAACGUUGCAGCGCUGAAAAGUAUCGUUCAGAGCCUUAAGGGUAAUCAUUCACUGGAAAGAUUUCUAGGAGAGCCAACUAUUACACAUAUUCUAGGCAGUGUGUCAGCAAAGUUAUAUAAGUGA